CUUUCUCUUUGGAGGGAUCACGCCUGAGCUUUGCAGACCUUUUCCAUCUGGUGGCUUUCUGCUGCAUCAGCAGGGACGUGUUACCCUUCACUCUGAAGCUUCCAGAGGCCAUCGCGUCUGCCAGAACGUCUGCUUAUCUUGAGGAGGUUGCUAAACUUGGAACAGGCUUUUGGGAUGCUCCGUUGUGCCACAGGAGGAAGGGCUCAGUCUCCUUGGCAGGAAUAGCUGCUCCCAACAGACCACUUCCGCCUGUCUCUUUGGCAACCACCCCAGGACGCCCUCGGCUUCGAACUCGCACCCCAUCUGAGCUGCUUGAGUGUUGGCACUCCAACGGAGCACUUUGUUUCAUCAACCCCCUCUUCAUAAAGGUUCACCAACAAGACGGUGACGACAGCACCACUUCAAAUCUCUCUAGCACAAGAAAUCAAGGCCUGAGGGAGGAACCCAUUAGCAACAGCCUGGAAACGACCAACCAGGACACUCGGUGCUCUUGUAGAGACAGUCCUCAGGUCUGUAGCGCUGAUCACAGUGACAGCAGCCUGUCAGGUCAAAGCAAUCUGCAGAGCCUUGGCAGAAACACAGAGUUACAAGACAGUAACAUUGAUACCAGCAGCAGCAAUCAGAAGCUGAGUACUGCAGACAGUGUGUCAAGCCCCCCACCUCCUCGUCCACCCCCACCUCGCUUUGUGGCACAACACUCAGCCCCUCCCGUCCGACAGCGCAGAAUGCCAGAGAAGAUCUCUUGGAUCAAUGUCCCAAAGGAGAAGGUAGAGGAGAGGGCCAGCCUCCUUUUUCAUCUGGGCUCCUCACUAAGCAUCAGCCCCUCAUCCUCCCCUCCCAAAAGACUCAGCAUCAGUACUCCCAUAUCCAUUCCUUGUCAAUCCCUGCCCAUCUCUCUAUCAUCUCUCUCAUCCUCUCCCGGUCAGACCAGGGCCUCACCAUCCUCCAGUCAGGAAGAUGCCCAGUGCCACUUGGCACUGGAGGACCACAAUAUUGAGAAAGCCCUCAUUAGGGCCAAACUGCGUAAAACUACCAGGGUCCCCGCCCAGGACUCCAGCAGUCCUCCAGACCUGUCACUGAUGACUACAAGAAAGCAUGCAGAAAGGACAGGAGAAGAAGCAGGUGAGGAAUGCAGUAGCGGAGGUCAGAGGCUAAGUGACAUGAGCCUUUCCACAGAUUCCUCAGACUCUCUGGAUCUGUCUCAGUCUUCAGCCUUCUUCCUUCCUCCUUUACAUGACCCUAGUCCCCCCACUGUGGCUGAUUUUAACACCCACCUCCCCUUCUCCCUCCCACCAUCCCAACUGCCUUACUGCAGCAUGGAGGAGGAUGAGGUUGACGAGGAUGACGAGGACGAAGAGGAGCCUGACAAUGGCGUCAGCCUCGAGAGUGACCAGGACCUCACCAUGAUGCCACCGGGCCACCAUACAAAGCGUCGCUCUAGUGCCAGUGCUCUGAUCCUGCAGAAGGCCCUGCGAGGGCACCUGCACAAGAUGAGUGGGGUUUUCAACUCGCUGCUAACGCCCGAGAAGAGGGCGAUCCGCAGGGUGGUAGAGUUGUCCAGCGAUAAAGGCUCAUACUUUGGCUGCCUGGUGCAGGACUUCCUGAGCUACAUGGGCGAGGGUGCGGGCACCCAGGCCUGGCAGAGCUAUGCAUCUGGACUGGAGCUUCUGCAGACUCUCCGCCAGUUUAUCACUCAGAUGAAGAGCUACCUGCAACAGAGCUCUGAGCUGGAGCCGCCAAUUGAGAGCCUCAUUCCUGAAGACCAGAUAGGUGAGUACCAAAUUAAAUAGUUCCACCAUCUUUUCCUCUAGCUGCAGUGGCUUGUGCACUGCAAAUGUGGAAACAAGGUCAGCCAUGCUUUAAAUAUAGUUAUUGUGGGUGUAUGUUGUGUGCCUAAAGGUUUGGUCAGUUGUUCACAGUUGACAUGCUGGGACUGCUCGAUUGCAUUAUGACCUUGUCCUCAAGUCAACAGGGAGGGAGGUUUAUUUUUGGGAAGUAUGAAUGAGUUAUGUAUUUAUGGAGAAAUCUACAUUUUUAUGGUCACAGAAAGCAAUUUUAAUGCAGACGCAGCAGUUUCACUUUGAUAUUUUAGUAAUGAGGACAUUGGAAAACUUGUGCUCACGUGUUUGCAGCUGGAUAUGUAUAUUCAGUGGUAGGUAGGGGCGGUUGUGACUCAGGAGGUAGAGCGGGUUUGCCCGUUAAUCGGAAGGUUGGCGGUUCAAUCCCCAUGUCAAAGU